AUGUACAAUAAAACCUAUUCAAUAGUGACGAUAGGACGACAAACAUUGACCAUUGAGUCAAAAAAAGAGCAGCUCCAACAACUGCAACAGCUGCAGCAACAACAACACCAACGACAACACCAACAACAACAACACCAACAACACCAACAACAACAACACCAACAACAACAACAACAACAACAAUACAAAUUGACAGACUGUAGCACAAUAUCCAAACAAAUUGAUCAGGCAAAAGUCAAGGCCAAAAAGCUUUAUGAAGAAAUCAUUGCCAUCAAGAAAAAAACACAGGAUGCAUCAUUGCAAUUGGUUUCGCAACAUGUAAAUGAAAUACCUCGUAAUUCGUGCAAAUUGAAACUUUAUAACACGUUGAGAGGUCAUCAAAAUAAAGUUGCUAAAAUUUGCUGGAAUACUGAAUCCUCGAGGUUACUCUCUGCUUCACAGGAUGGGUACAUGAUCUUAUGGGAUGCAGUCACUGGUUUCAAAAAGCAAGCCAUUCAAUUGGAUAAUCCCUGGGUAUUAACUUGCAGUUUAUCGCCCAACGAGAAAAUGGUUGCUUCAGCAGGUUUGGACAACCAUUGCACUAUUUACAAGAUAAAAUCCGAUACCUCAAACUAUCCCGUGCAGCAUUAUCAAGAUGACCAAACGGGUUAUCUUCCAAUGAGAACGGGGUUUUAUCAAUCGGUACAAUCGAUAUUCAAAGGCCAUACCGCUUAUAUAUCCGAUUGUGAAUUUAUUGGUAAUAACUCAAUUGUCACGGGCAGUGGUGAUAUGACAUGUGCAUUAUGGGACAUUACUAAAGGGUCAAAAUCCCGUGAUUUUAUUGACCACAUUGGCGACGUUCUAUGCUUGAGUAUAUUCCCUAAUAAUGUAUUGCUGGAUAACCUAUUUAUUAGUGGCUCAUCCGACGGAUAUGCCAAGAUUUGGGAUCUAAGACAACCAACGCCAUCUCAAAACUUUAGAAUUUCCAAUAGUGAUGUGAGUAGUCUAAAGGGGUUCCCUGAUGGUAACGCAUUUGCCAUUGGAUCUGAUGAUGCAUUAAUCAGAUUGUUUGAUUUAAGAAGCGACUGUGAGCUAGCUCAGUAUUCGCUACUGCUGGUGCUAAAAAACAGUCAUUUGACCGAUUCUGAAUUGCCGCAAAUGACAUUGCCACUACCACCACCACCACAAAUUGCAAAUGAAAAGCAACAAAAUCAACAUCAUCAACAUCACUUCAAUACGAGUGGUAUUGCUGCAACAGGUACAUUUGGUAAUAAUACUCUAAGCGAUAGGUCGAGUACAGACUCGAGAAAUUCAAUAUUGGAAAACCGCGGUGUUUUUUCUCUUGACUUUGGCAAGAGUGGACGAUUCCUAUAUGCUUGCUAUUCAGAUUACGGCUGUAUUGUUUGGGAUACUUUGAAAAACGAUGUAGUAGGUACUAUUGGUAAUGAUCAUGUCAACAAAAUUAAUAAUGUCAGUGUAAGUCCAGAUGGCAUCGCGCUAGCUACUUGUUCAUGGGACGCUACAAUAAAACGAGAUAGUGGAGCAGCAUUGACUAGUGACUCUAUUGUUCGACACUAUCGAGCGAAGCAAGAUAGUGGAGUAGCAUUGACUAGUGACAUUGUUGUUCAAAGCGGCCAACAGAUGAGAGUAGAGGGGGAGGAGGAGGAGGAGGAUUGA